AUGGCUUUAAUUUGUUCUUGUGAGGUUUUACAUGUUUCUGGACAUUCUAUAUUUUUUGUUAUUGCUGUUACCGGAAAGAAUUUCGUUCCUUUAUUGGCUGCUAAUUUAUUAAUGAUUCCUUCAAUUUUCGCUCUAUGUACCUGUAUGGCUUUAAUGCUCUCCGCUGCUGUAGAUAGACUUUUUGCUGUGGGAGCUCCUCAAAAGCACACAAAGAUCUGUAUAGUCCACAAAUACUUAUACCUCGGUAUUCAUACUUUUGCCUGUAUUACCUUAGGUCUUUUCAACGUCUACUAUGCAACUAAAUAUUCAAUUGAAAAUCCAAACAUACCAACAACAGGAUGUAUAAGCGAUUUGCUUUCGGGAAAUGUUGGAAAUCUAUUUUUUAUUUAUUGUUCUAGUGUCAAUAUGUUGACAACAUUGUGUUAUAUUUUAAUAUGGGGCAUAAUACGUUGCAAAAAGCAAGGCAAGUUUUCCGGAAACUUAAGAACUAGUGUUUCCGUGAGCUUAAAAACGUAG